AUGACUAUAGAUCGAACCUAUCCGUUCUGUUCUGUCUGGUUAGGUCUCGGUCUCAGGAUCGAACUCUCCAUGAGAUUCAUAGUUGCAUUACUUAUAGCUUCCUUCUUCGUAGACAAAGCGGAUUCGGAAUUGUCUUUCAUUCGAAGGCAUAACUUGGAUCCAUGCGCUUCAUAUUCGCCCGGAGUUCGCUCCCAGAAACCUAGCCAUCCCUGCCCCUCAGGCAAACACCACAAGCCUCUUUUUUUUACACUAUUUCGGAAACCCAAGGACUCAAUCUCAAUCGUCUCAGUACUUAUUUAA